AUGACUGGAUUCAAUGGCCGACAUAGAGCAUCAAUAGACAAGCGAGAUUUUGAUACGAAUAGACCCCUACUGGAUGGGCAUGGCGAAAGCAUUGAUGGAGUCGAGCGCGAUAAUCACCUCUCCCGGCCGGAGUCGAGCCUCUCCACUGACGGCGAAGACGGCUUAUUGAACAAUGUGGUCGACGAGAUUGUUGAGCGAGACCGACGAAAGAUGGCUAAAGAAGUGGUGCGGAUUAGCAGCUUUGCAUUGGGUGUGAUCAGUUGCUUGGGAGCCGGGAGCAUCACUGCGUUCUCGCUGUAUGGGCCUUUGUUCCUCACUCGCCUUCACUACACGCAGCUCCAAGUCAAUGCGGUCUCGAUUGCUGCGGAGGUUUCUAUGUACCUCCCCGUUCCCUUGUUUGGAUAUCUCUGUGAUCGGUACUCGCCACGUCCUCUGUCGCUAUUUUCAGCAUUGGUCUUCGGGGCAGGUUAUCUUCUUGCGGCAUUUACCUACAAGAGUGGACCUCCUCCCGAGAAAGGCGGAGAGGGAUGGCCGUUUGGGAUUAUGGUGCUGGCAUUUGUGGCCAUCGGAAUGGCCACGAGCUGUAUGUACUUGGGUGCGGUGACAACCUGCGCUAAGAACUUUGGCCGAGGAAAGCACAAAGGCAUCAUGCUCGCCGUUCCUAUCGCCGCAUUCGGACUCAGUGGCAUGUGGCAGAGCCAGGUGGGGACAUAUCUGCUAUGCGAAUGGCUCGAGGACGGCAGCCGUGGAGAUGUAAAUGUGUUCCGGUAUUUCCUCUUCCUAGCCGUCCUGCUUUUCACCAUUGGAAUUGUCGGCACAUUUGGAUUGGUGAUCGUGGAUGAAGAAGAUAAGUACAUCGACGAGGCGGUGGAUGAGUUGGAGCGGAGCGGUCUUUUGGAACAGAGCGAAUUCUUCCAGCCCCGCAGUGAAGUGAGGGCAGCCUACGGAACCUUCUCGCAGGACGAUGGCGACAUGACGGACGAUGAGCGAACUUUGAACCAGUCAGAGGAAGAGCGGGAGGCUGCACGGCUGGAGAAAGAGCGCGAAGAAGAGGAGCGCCGCAAGAAGGACUGGUUGUUGAACUACGAAACCAAACUAUUCCUCAAGGACCAGACUAUGUGGUUCCUUGCACUAGGGUUUUUCUUGGUCACCGGUCCGGGUGAGGCAUAUAUCAACAAUCUGGGCACUAUCGUCCAAACGUUGACACCAGAAUCAAACCCUCCAAACAUCCCUUCCCCAGCAGGUCUCCCAUCGACACACGUUACCAACGUUGCGCUCACCUCGACUCUUGCCCGCUUACUCACAGGGUCUCUAUCGGACCUAUUCGCCCCUCCGGCAAAUCAUCUUAUUGCAGGAACUCUCGAAGACGGUCGCUCAUCGUCUUCCUCCGGCAAACGCUUUACUCUCUCACGGCUCUCAUUCCUCCUCCCUUCUGCGCUCCUUCUCUCCCUCGGCUACCUCCUUCUCUCGUCCCCUCUGCUCAUCUCCCACCCGCAGCUAUCGCACGUUACCACCGCUUUGAUCGGCCUCGGCUACGGCAGCGCUUUCUCCCUCGUCCCGAUCAUCAUCUCUGUUGUCUGGGGCGUUGAAAACUUCGGCACAAACUGGGGCAUCGUGGCCAUGGUCCCUGCAGCCGGCGCCGCCGCCUGGGGCAUCAUCUACUCACGAGGCUACCAAGAUGCCACAGACGGUGGAAACGGGUCCCCGGACGGCCAAUGCCACGGCUGGCGAUGCUUUGGUUUCUGGGCCGUGGGCUGUACCCUGAGCGUGUGGGUGGCCAUCGCAUCGUGGGCUAUUGCCUGGCGAUUGUGGAGACGAAAGGGUAUCGCCUUCAUCGAUUACGCUGCCAAGGUCGUCGACGCCGGCUUCGAGAUCAGCCAGUUCAGCGGCACGGUGGAUAACCGGGAGCUCCUCAACGUCACGACAGAUCUGCAUAUGAUCUCGUGCAAGUUACGCGAUCAUCUGUGCCCAGAAGCCCCCAACCAGAGCACCAUCUCCCCAGAGGAACAGUCGCAGGCCGCCAAAACGCUCGUGGUGCCGUCACAUCGAACAAUCGUGGAGGCAUUCAGACGACUAUCCAGACUGGAAGAAGACAACUGCAAAAUAUGUCUCCUUAUCGACGGGAUUGAUGAGCUUGAUGGAGAGGUCCAUCCGUUGAUCCAGAUCCUCAACGAUGAAAGCGCGAAGUUGCGUUUACAGGAUCUCACAAAAGACGACAUGGCAAUGUACAUUGACGCCGUCCUCGGAAAGCGGCCCCGGAUUGAUGUUCUCGUACAAGAGGAUGCCACAGCGGUGAAUCGUCUCAAAUCCGAGAUCGUCACGCGGUCCUCGGGGGUGUUUUUUUGGACCAUUCUAGUCGUCGAGUCUCUGGCCUCUGGGUUACGGAACUUCGACACCAUCGACGAGUUGUUUCUGCGCUUGGACGCGCUUCCUCGCGAGCUUGAAGCCUUGUACAAGCACAUGCUCGAAACGCUGGACCCUUCUACCGGGAACAAACGUCAAAAAUGCUGCAGAUUGCUCAUCUCGGAGCCGGCCAAGGCUGUCAACGCCCCGAUCCAGCGCCUUUCUCCCCGUGCUGCGAGCCCCAUCGCCGACGCGGUUGAAGGCCGCCUACGCAGCCGGUGCCGCGGACUACUCGAGCUGGAUAGCUAUCGCAACGUGGUUUUCUUGCACCGUACGGUCCGUGACUAUCUGAGCCAGCGCGACGUGUGGGAAUACAUCGUGUCACUCAACUUAGACCUUCGUUUUGACAUCCAUCUGGCUUUGCUCUCGUCGUGCAUCACGGUGCUGAAGGGCCGGCCGUCGCAUCCAUCCACGAUCCGACUAUGGGCUGGCGUACUGCGGCCUCCGGUCAUGAGCCACCAUCGACGGAAUGCGGAAUUCGGAUGCUUCUCGUCCUCCGAGUCCCAUUCGCCGUCACCGCGCGAGGCGCACUGGAGCCUAGCGUCGAGAGAUGUCACGGACAUGGUGACCUACAGUCGCUACGACAGCCUCUUCUCGGCCGUGAUAUCGUUUGGCCUGGUCCGGUACCUCCUGGAGCAUCUCGGGCGGGAAACGUUGCAGUUACAACAGCGGGGACGCGACGCAGAAGUGCUGAAGCAUGUGCUCUCCACACUGACCAAGACGCGAUCGAACCCGCGGCUGAAGCCGCUCCUACCGGCCUGGCUGGACGUCUUGCGGAUGCUCCUCGCGCAAGGCCUGGACGUGAACGGCUCGGGGAGUCAGAGCGCAUGGGAGGCCCUUCUACUGGGGCGGUUCGGAUUCGACACAAAUAUCCUAAAUGAGAUCGUCCCGCUCUUUGUGGCGGCGGGCGCAGACGUGAACUUGGUGUUUGAACAGUCCCAAGUCCCGGCGUAUCUGAGGAGAGGUCGUCGUGGCAGGCUCUCUGUCCUGGACCUUCUGAUGUCUGUGAAGCAACAUGAUGUUUUGAUCGCCCACGGCGCUGUUUCGGUUUACUCUCUCGACCAGGAUGAGGUGCCCCCGCUGUCUUGCCUUGGAUUCAAAGCGGGCUGUACUCCGCGGGUGCGUGAUCACUCCGCUAGAACGCCUUCGUGUCGGGCGGGCUUUGAGUCCCUUAACCCCCUCCAGAGAACCCAUGAUGUCUUUAUGAAAGAGCUCGAAAUAUUGUUGUUCGCUUAG